AAUAUAAAUUAAAAGAAGUGCUAAUAAUUUUUUUGAUAAUAAAAAAGAUAUUUUUAAAAAUAUAAUAAAUUAAAAAAAUGUAACUAUAAUUUUCCUUAAAUAUCUUGGAUGACAUGGAUGAUCUACUGUACUAGAGCCUAGAGAUGACCAGCUUUCUAGAAGUUUGUAAUUCGAGGCGAGACCUACUAAACUACAAUAUUCAAACAAUUGUUGACCGGAUGACUGUCUAAUGAGUUCCUUUGCAGUGCAAGUUGAGAUUUUUUGUGUAGUUGUUCUUGUUGUGGCUGCUAACGAACAAAAAAAAGUUUACAAUUCGUACUUUUAUAAAAAAAAAUUAAUAUUAUUUAAAUUUAAAAUUUUGACUUAAUUCCUGUGCUUCAAUAGAAUCGAUAUAAAAUUUUAAUAUUUAAUAAAUUCUAUAAUUAAUUUUUAUUAAAUCAUUAAAUCAACACAAAAUUUUAUUAUACAAUAAAUUCUACAGUUAAUCCUUUGAUCAAUAAAUUAGGUCUCGUAACGUCGUUCUAAAGAAAAACUUAACCUUGCGCGGAGACUAUAACAAAAUAGACUCCAUAUUCCGAACACUCAAACAGAGAUGAAGAACGCAGAGUUAGUGUUCAUACCUUCUCCGGGAGUGGGCCACCUUUUAUCGACUGUGGAGAUCGCCAAACUCCUCCUUAAUCGAGAUCAUCGACUGUCCAUCACCGUCCUCAUCAUGAAACUUCCCAUUGACUCCGGCGUCGACGGCUACAUCAAUUCACUCUCUGCCACCGCCACGCCACGAUUACGCUUCGUGGACCUCCACCUCCCUCAAGGCGAUUCAGCUUCACAGCCACAGGACCCUUCCUCGAAGUCCAAGUCCCCCCUCACCUUCUUCGCAAACUUCAUCGACAGUCACAAGGCUCCUGUGAGAGACGUAGUCGCCGAACUCACUCGCUCCGACUCAUCGUCUCGACUCGCCGGGUUCAUCAUCGAUAUGUUCUGCACCGCCAUGAUCGAUGUGGCGAACGAGUUCGGGGUUCCAACCUACGCUUUUUUCACGUCGGGUGCCGCCUUUCUUGGCCUGCAGCUCCAUCUUCAAUCUCUCAGUGACGAUCACCACCAGGAUAUUACUGAGUUGAAGAACACGGAAACCGAGUUGAGAAUACCGAGUUUCAAAAACCCAGUUCCGGUCAGGGUUUUGCCUUCUGUGGUGGUUGAUAAAGAAGGUGGGUCCACUAUGUUGAUAACUCUCGCCAGAAGGCUGAGAGAAACAAAGGGCAUUAUGGUCAAUACAUUCAUGGAGUUGGAAUCGUAUGCGGUUGAGUACUUCUUGAACAGUGACAAUACCCCACCAAUCUUUUCGGUGGGGCCCAUUCUCAACCUCGGUGACGGUGGUGAUGAUAUUCGCACCGAGCAAUCAAGACCAAUCAUGGAGUGGUUGGACCACCAGCCUCCAUCAUCGGUUGUGUUCCUGUGCUUCGGCAGCAAGGGAUGCUUCGAAGAGGACCAGGUGAAGGAGAUAGCUCAAGCCCUCGAGAACAGUGGCCACCGGUUCUUGUGGUCGCUCCGGCGGCCUCCGCCGAAGGAGAAGAUGCAGUUUCCGAGCGACUAUGAAAACCCAGGCGAAGUCCUGCCGGAAGGGUUCCUAGAACGUACGUCCGAAGUCGGGAAAGUGAUCGGAUGGGCCCCACAAGUGGCGGUGCUAUCCCACCCGGCGACCGGAGGUUUCGUGUCUCACUGCGGGUGGAAUUCGACGCUGGAGAGCGUGUGGUGCGGCGUUCCCAUGGCGACUUGGCCACUGUACGCAGAGCAGCAGAUGAAUGCGUUCGAGAUGGUGACGGAGCUGGAAAUGGCGGUGGAGAUUAAGAUGGACUAUUUCAAGGGCUUCCAGGAUAAGAAGCCAGAAAUCUUGAGCGCUGAUCUAAUAGAGGGUGGAAUAAGGCGAUUGAUGAUGGGUGGUGAGAGUGAAAUUAGGAAGAAGGUUAAGGAGAUGAGAGAGAAAAGUGGGGUGGCCAUGGCGGAGGGUGGGUCAUCGUACAAUACAAUAGGAAGAUUGAUUGAGGAGGUCAUGAACAGCAUUGCCUGA